AUGUCCUCACCGUUGAUAUUGCGAAACAGAUACAAAGACCUCUCUGGCGUCUUGCUUCAGGAAACGAGUGCUGCUCAAGUAUGCGACUUCGACGAGCUCUUAUGCGCAUUUAUCUUCCGCUGCUUACGGGACGAUUCCACCCUUGAAAGUCUUCAAAACGAUAUCGAGAAACUAGAACGCGGUGACAAUCUCGACCAAGGCCAGAAGUCUGACCUUGGCCGCUUGCGACAUCAACGAGAUGACGCGCUACAGAAUUAUCUCGAGCAGUGUCUCAAGGCAGUAUUGACCGUGGCAAACGAUGAGAGUGUCAGAAGUCUACUCUCUGAAUACUUGAGGUCUUUUUCUGGCGUAGAAACGAAUCGAUACGCUCCUUACGUGAACUUGUGCAACAAGGCGCUGUCAUUGCUCAGAACUACAAAUCUCCCGCUUCGCUCGCCUACAGCCCCAGACCUGCGGUACCGUCGCCUCGAUCCUAGCGUCCUCAAAUCCCACACGGGAGCCGACCGUGUCCACCGAAAGCCUGAUGUAGGAAAGGCUGGUGACUCUGUAGUGAAAUCUCUCGGCCCUCGACUUGACCAAUCACCUGACAAGGGUGCCGAGCCCGAGUUCGACGCAUUCCUCGGUUUCGAAGAGUUCAAGGCCAUCGGAAGUCCCAGCGAAGAGGCUCGCGCCGCUGUCGAAUCGGCGUUCACCACAACAGCGCGGCGUGUCCGCGUAAGACCGCAGGACAGCGAGAUGGACGAGGUGCAGCUGUCUCCCUCCACGAGUCCGUCCCCCAAUGUAAGCGCAACGCCCCCAGCGACUGGCUCUAGAUCUUCGAAACGCAAACUUGAAGCAACGAAUAGCGUCACUAGCAGCAAGAAGCUACGCCUCGGCGUCAAGAAUGGAGUUGCGUUGCGCAAGGAAAGUUCGAACGAGAAGAAUUUCGAUGGCCGGGUGCAGUGUGCUGCCUAUGCGCUGGAGAUGCUAUCCCAGAACCCUGGUAUCCAGCACACGAUAAACCUGCUGCACAUUGACGACUGUCUGUUCAUUUGGUACUAUGACCGAGAGGGCAUUGUACGGUCCAACGGCGUCAGCUUCAUCGCCGACUUCCCUCGUGCGCUCGUUCUCAUGGCUCUUUUCCAAAGGUUCACGGUUGAGGAUUGGGGUCGAUGCAAGACUUUCCAUUGCCCUCCAAAUACGCCUUCGUUUAUUGUGUCCUUAAACGACCCCCUCUUGGAAAACAAGUACAAUCCUCAUGAAUUCCUAGCGCUCGAGAUCAAGUGUUCGGAUGAGGACCAUCUGUCUCCGCCGCCACGAUGCCUAGGUGGACGCACCACCAGAGUCCUUCCAUGCGAGCCCAAAUCGAAAGAUGGCAGUCGCGUGCUGGAGUCUCUCGUAGUGAAGAUCUCUCAUCCGGAAGUGCGUCGGGCGCAUGAGGGGAAAACAAUGAAAGGGAUACGGAAUAUCGCGGCGAAAUACGAUGCGUCAAUGAUUGACCAUCUGCCUGGACUGCUCUGCUACGCCGAUGUCCGUGGCACAGAUACCGGGCGGGUUCGAAGCUUGGUGGGCAAGCCCGGUAACGGACAUCAAAUCAUGCGAGUGGUGGUGAUGAAGAAGCUGGCGAAAGUCACCACGUUGGAUGCGACUGAUUUCCUUCGUGCUUGGCUUGAUGCAGUGACAUGUCACGCUUUCCUUUGGAAGCACGGCAUCGAGCAUGGAGACCCCAGUCUCUAUAACGUCAUGUGCCAUCCAGAAACUCGUCGCGGGGUAUUGACAGACUUUGAUCUGUCGAUUCUACAGUGGGAGGAGCGCGUGCCUGGCUGCGAUCGCACGGGUACUGUUCCGUUCAUGGCCUUCGAACUGCUGGAUGAUGCUUACUGGAAUGGCGACAUCGUCCGUUAUUAUCAUCACGAGAUGGAGGCAUUUAUUUGGUGUCUUCCGUUCAUGUGCCUCGGUGGGUUUGUAAGUGGUUCGGUGCGUCACGAGGUCAUCUCAGAUUGGGUGAAGGCAACCCCCUCGCAAUGUCUCGGAGAGAAGCUCGCCUUCGUCAAGAAAAUACGGCAGUACUCGAGCCAUGUCCCUCUCAGCUUUGCAGCAUGCUACCGGCUUGCUAUCAGGCUCUGCUGGGCUGCUGACGACUCUUCUAACAAGUUCGCCCGGUAUCCAGCUAUCCCUCCCAUUCAGUCUCUCGAUUUGUGGACAAUGUUCAUAGCGGCAGUUAAGAUGACGUCGUGGAGGAGACAGGUAUCAACCUCUCAGAUGUCCAUGCCGGAGCUGGACGACACCUUCAUUGCACCGCUUAUUGAGCGGCUCGAGACCCAUCGACCCCAAUUCGAUGGUUUGGAUGACUCGAUGAAAUCUGAACUACGGCAGAUAUUCCUCGCUGACUCCCAACCACCAGCACUCCAGGUGAAGGCCCUGAAAUUGAAAGACCGUAUGAACUGUCGUCAAGACUCUCGACCGCGGUCAACUCCUCCUAUCCCCCCUACCUAG